AGACAGGAGGAAACAUUGGCCGACGCUACUGGCUGUGUGCCAUCUUUUACUUAACUUACAGAAAAAUGGCUUCCCGACCAGAGGAGGAUCUCGCCUGUCCUGUCUGCCAUGAAAUCUUUAAAGAUCCUGUUGUCCUGUCAUGUAGCCACAGCUUCUGUAAAGACUGUGUGCAGAGCUGGUGGAGGGAGAAACCAACACGUGAGUGUCCAUACUGUAAGAGUAGGUCAUUGAGGGAAGAACCACCCAUUUGUUUGGCGUUAAAGAACCUGUGUGAGGCCUUUUUACUGGAGAGAGAUCAGAGAGGUUCAGAGACUCUGUGCAGUCUGCACUCUGAGAAACUCAAACUCUUCUGUCUGGACCAUCAGCAGCCAGUGUGUCUCGUCUGCAGUGAUUCAAAAACCCACAACAACCACAGAUUCAGACCCAUCGAUGAAGCUGCACAGGAACACAAAGAGGAGCUGCAGAAAUCUCUGAAGACCUUACAGGAGAAACUGAAGCUGUUUGAACAAGUUAAAGGAAACUGUGACCAAACAGCACAAUUCAUUAAGUUCCAGGCCCAACAAACAGAGAGGCUGAUUAAGAGGCAGUUUCAGAAGCUUCACCAGUUUCUACAAGAGGAAGAGGAGGCCAGGAUCUCUGCUCUGAGGGAGGAAGAGGAGCAGAAGAGUCAGAUGAUGGAGGAGAAGAUUGAGGCUCUGAGCAGAGAGAUAGCAGCUCUUUCAAACACAAUCAGAGCCACAGAGGAGGAGCUGAGAGCUGAAGAAAACUCAUUCCUGCAGAACUACAAGGCUGCAGUGGAAAGAGUCCAGCAGCGCCCCCUGCUGGAUGAUCCACAGCUGAACUCAGGAGCUCUGAUAGACCAGGCCAAACACCUGGGCAACCUGACCUUCAGCAUCUGGAACAAGAUGAAGAAGAUGGUCUCAUACACUCCUGUGAUUCUGGAUCCAAACACUGCUCAACCAAAAAACAUCCAGACUAAAGAUCUAAACAGUGUGAGAUAUGGAGAAAAACAGAAGCUUCCUGACAAUCCAGAGAGGAUUGAAAAUAAAAAUGAUAUCCUGGGCUCAGAGGGCUUUAACUCUGGCAUUCACAGCUGGGAUGUUGAGGCUACAAAUGACAAAUUCUGGGGCCUAGGUGUGACAAAGGAGUCUGCUCGAAAGAAGGGAGAAAUGGUGAGUGGAUACUGGCAAAUUCAUUUCUCUAAUGGAAAAUGCGAAGCAUCCUCUCCAACGCUGCUUACUGAAGUUCUCUCAGUCAACAAGAAGCUCCAGAGGGUCAGAGUUCAUCUGGACUUUGACAAAGGGAAACUGUCAUUCUCUGAUCUUGAUACUAACACACACAUACACACCUUCACACACACAUUCACUGAGAGGGUGUUCCCACACUUUGGCACAUGGAAUGAAUCCCCACUGAAGAUAUUAGGCCUGCCUGUGAAGGUCUGUGUCAAACAGCCCAUGGCCAGACCCGUGUGA